AUGACUUCUUCACCAGAGAACACAGUCGCCUUCAUCGGCAUCGGGGUGAUGGGAUAUCCGAUGGCAAAGAAUCUACGAAAUGGCCUGGACUCUACAAAGACCCUACUCAUCUGCGACGUUAGCAAAGAGGCCCUGAGCCGAUUCAAAGCCGAGACGGCGGGCAAGGGGCCCGUCGAGAUCGUGGAGAACGGCUUCGACGCGGCAAGAGCAGCUAACACGGUGAUCACCAUGCUCCCCAACUCCCACGCAGUCAAGGCAGUCUACCUAGACCCCCAGACGGGCAUCCUCGCCGGCGCAGCCUCGCCACCACCACCACAAACAGCAUCCGAGCCCGGACCACCCCAAAAGCUCAUCAUGGAAUGCGGCACGAUCGAGACCGAUGAUGAGCAAUUAAAGCAAACAAUAGAAGUCGCAAAAGCAACCGCAGAAGCCAACAGCACCAGCACCACCACCCACACCCGCCUGGCCUUCAUCGACGCCCCCGUCUCAGGCGGGCCCAUGGGCGCGGAGAAGGGCACGCUGACCUUCAUGGUAGGCGCCGACCCCACGACCUCAGCCACGGCCCUCCCAGCAGCGCGGUCCCACCUCCGGCACAUGGGCAGCGAGUCCGGCAUCUUCCACUGCGGCGGCGUGGGGGCCGGGACGGCCUUCAAGAUCAUCAACAACUACCUGAGCGCGAUAACGUCCCUCGCGGCGUCGGAGGCGCUCAACAUCGGCGUCAAGGCCGGGCUGGACCCGGCGCUGCUGACCGAGGUCAUCAACGCCAGCGGGGGCCAGUGCUGGGUCACCAGCAGCAGCAACCCCGUCCCCGGCGUGCAGGAGGGCGUCCCCAGCAGCCGCGGGUACGAGGGCGGGUUCCGCAUCGAGCUGUGCGCCAAGGUCCUGGGGAUGGGGUCGCGGCUGGCCGGGAUGGUGGGCGCGCGCACCGUGCUGGACCGGCCUACCCUCGCGGCGUUUGAGGAGGCCAUGGGGGAUGAGAGGUACCGGGGGAAGGACGCCCGGGUCGUGUAUAAGUGGUUGAAUGAGAGUGAGGAGAAUUAA